AUGCGCAGGCGCACCACCGCGUACCAUCGCAAACCAUCCAAAUUAGCUCUCACGCUAUCCCUGUUCUUCCUCAGCUCGGUUGCUGCUGCCGCCGCGUCCCCCCAACCACACCUCCGAUCAUGGAGACCAGACAGCGAACUACCCGGUGCCAAAUUCGUGCUUGGAGAUGGCAAGAAUGAAGGGUCCAAAGUGAAAGGAUACGAGGGAGAGUGGCCGUUGUGGUCUUCGUUCAGAAAGGGCAAGACAGGUCAAAGUUCGGAUUCAUCUACAACACAUGCAGCAGCCUCUUCUGGAGGCUCAGCCAAUGCGACCACCGCGACAACGCAUGUUUGUGCGCCGAUUGGAGAGUGCGAGCCGUGUCCGGACGAUGUCAUCCAUCUCCCCUACUGCCGGCCAUACAACAACCGGCGUCGCGUCGCCUGCAGCCCCGUCACCAACCCAACAGAUCCUAAAGCCAUCCAAUCGGCCCUUACCCUCGCCACCGCCGCCAAAACAUCCACCAACUCUACCGCGUCACUCGGCUACGAAGCAUGUGGCAAGUCGGCCAAGCAAGAAGCACGAGACUACUUCGAGAUGAUCGCAGUGAUUGCAAGCAUCGCCAUUUUCUCGGUCUGGGCUUUUGUGCAGAGGCAAAAAUUGCUGUUUAGGCGACAGAAUCAGCAGUUGCAAUCGAGGGUCACGGGGCAACGAAGGGCAUCCGGUAUCCCACCGCCCGCGUCGCCUGGGGUGAAACGGGGAAAGCUGCAGGGGAACAGGAAGAUGCGCGCUGCAAGGUUGGCACAUUCUUCCGUUUCUCGUUGA